GUAACCAUCAAAACCACCCUAACCAACUCUCCACCUCCUUCCCUCCCACCGUAACCACCACUCAAAGAUCACUGAGAUCUCAUUGGUGCGCGCGCAUUAUCACGCCUUUUGUGUGUGUGGAUCCAAAUCCCUAAUUCACAGCAUCACACUGCGUUAGUGACUGCGGGUUUCUCGGGGAUUAGUAGUAAGCAAUCUAACCCGUUCAAAUUCCCUUGAUCCUUAAAUCGCUGGGUGAUGCAGUUUUCCUUGUGACAGUAUAAAUGGCUACGCUCGGGGAUAUAGGGGUUGGAGCAGGCAUCAACAUCCUUAGUGCCUUUGUUUUCUUUUUGGUAUUUGCGUUUCUUAGGCUUCAGCCGUUCAACGACAGAGUCUACUUUCCGAAAUGGUAUUUGAAGGGAGUGAGAGAGAGUCCCACACGCGCUGGCGCAUUCGUGAGUAAAUUUGUCAAUCUAGACUAUAGGUCUUAUCUGAAGUUUCUGCAUUGGAUGCCGGAAGCAUUGAAGAUGCCGGAGCCGGAGCUUAUUGAUCAUGCAGGAUUGGAUUCUGCUGUUUACUUGAGGAUAUACUUGAUAGGGCUUAAAAUCUUUGUUCCAAUAGCAUGCGUUGCAUGGGCUGUUUUGGUACCAGUCAACUGGACAAAUAACACUUUGGAUAUUGCUGCUCAUUUAAAGAACGUCACUUCUAGUGACAUUGAUAGGCUCUCUAUAUCAAAUAUCCCAGAAAAAUCUCAAAGAUUGUGGGCUCACAUAGUGGUGGCGUAUGCCUUUACUUUUUGGACUUGUUAUGUGCUACUGAAGGAGUAUGAAAAAGUUGCCACAAUGCGGUUGCAUUUUCUUGCAACAGAAAAACGACGACCAGACCAAUUUACGGCCCUUGUCAGAAAUGUUCCGCCAGAUGCAGAUGAAUCUGUAAGUGAGCUUGUGGAGCACUUUUUUCUGGUCAACCAUCCGGAGCAUUAUCUCACCCAUCAGGUGGUGAACAAUGCCAAUGCACUUGCGAAAUUGGUAGAGAAGAAGAAAAAAAUGGAUAACUGGUUCGUCUACUACCAAAACAAACUUGAAAGAAGCAAAACUUCCGUAAGGCCCUUGACUAAGCUUGGUUUUCUGGGGCUUUGGGGAAAGAAAGUUGAUGCAAUUGAACAUUAUCAAUCUGAGAUUGAUAAGUUGAAGAAGGAAAUACCUGAAGAAAGGGAGAGGGUUGCAAACGACCCCAAGUCCAUCGUGUCAGCUGCCUUUGUUUCCUUUAAAAGCAGAUGGGGUGCCGCUGUUUGUGCACAAACUCAGCAAUCUAGAAAUCCGACUAUUUGGUUAACAGAAUGGGCUCCAGAGCCACGUGAUGUAUAUUGGCCAAAUCUGGCUAUUCCAUACGUACAACUCACCGUUAAGAGGCUCAUAAUGGCUGUUGCGUUCUUCUUCCUCACCUUCUUUUUCAUGAUCCCCAUUGCAUUUGUACAAUCUCUUGCAAGCCUGGAGGGACUUGAGAAAGUAGCUCCAUUCCUAACGCCCAUUGUUGAAGUGGAAUUCAUUAAGGCGGUCAUUACAGGGUUUCUACCUGGGAUUGCACUGAAGUUGUUUCUGAUAUUUUUGCCAACCAUAUUGAUGAUCAUGGCCAAAUUUGAGGGUUAUACAGCUCGGUCUUCUCUUGAGAGGAGAGCAGCAUCUAGAUACUAUCUCUUCUGUUUGGUGAAUGUAUUCCUUGUUAGCAUUAUAGCUGGAUCAGCACUUGAACAGCUAAAAUCUUUCAUGCACCAAUCACCGUCUGACAUUCCAGUGACAAUUGGCACUGCAGUCCCAUUAAAAGCAACUUUCUUCAUAACAUAUAUAAUGGUUGAUGGAUGGGCUGGUAUCGCUGCAGAAAUCUUGAUGUUGAAGCCACUCAUCAUAUAUCACUUGAAGAAUACCUUCCUUGUGAAGACUGACAAGGACAGGGAGGAGGCAAUGGAUCCAGGAAGUAUUGGUUUCAACACUGGGGAGCCUCAGAUACAGCUUUAUAUCUUACUGGGGCUUGUGUAUGCUACACUGACACCAGUUUUACUUCCAUUCAUAAUUAUUUUCUUUGGGCUGGCUUAUGUUGUGUUCCGUCAUCAGAUCAUAAAUGUAUACAACCAGGAAUAUGAAAGUGCUGCUGCAUUCUGGCCUGAUGUCCAUGGUCGCAUUGUGUCUGCAUUGCUUAUCUCUCAGGUGGUUCUAUUGGGAUUGUUGACUACUAAAAAAGCUGCUCAGUCUACACCUUUUCUUCUUGCACUUCCAGUAUUAACCAUAGCAUUCUAUAAGUAUUGCCAAGGUCGUUUUGAACCUGCAUUUGUUAGAUAUCCAUUACAGGAAGCAAAGAUGAAAGAUACUCUUGAACAUGCAAGAGAACCAAACUUGAACUUGAAAGGCUACCUCCAAAGUGCGUAUGUCCAUCCAGUUUUCAAAGAAUGCGAUGAAGAUGACGAUGAUGAAGACCAUUUCGCAUUUGAGAAGUACGAAAAUGAGAGUGUGACUACUGUGGCCACUAAACGCCAAUCCCGUCGCAAUACCCCAGUGCCUAGCAGAAUGACUGGUGGAUCACCCACGCCGUCGUUGCCAGAAAAUUAUGAAGAUCUACAGCUUUGAACUUGAAAGGCUACCUCCAAAGUGCGAGUAGGUGAUGUAAAUCUGUAGCUGUACAUUUGACCUUUCUGAAAUUGUGCAUAAGUUCAAGAUCAUGGAACUUGUAAAAUCAAAUGAGCUGAUGAUGAUGCGUGGGGAGGACAGAGAGGGAACCCAGCCGAGUAUUAAGUUCCUCUAUACAUAGAAUGUUGUGAGUUUUGUUUGCAGCCAGCUGAAGUUUACCUUAAUUCAUAUUUUAACAUAGCGGCUGGUACAAAGAAGUCAGUUUCGUAUCUUUUUCUGUCGAUAAAUUGUGUAAUUAUGUGACUGGUUUUUGCACUGGUUUGAUAUACUUAUAUAUAUCAUAAUAG